AGUGAAAGACAUAGAAGAGAUGAGUUCUAUUACAUGUAUUAAAUUGUUUUUUAACAGCCCGCACGAAUGCAUGCCGUUUAAACCUUUUACCCGCCGUGUUUUUCCCUUUUGGAAUAUCAAAACGUCAUGCUGUUAGUACGACGCUUACGUGUCGAAAUAUUAUUGGUUUGUAUUUGGUAAGCUGGUGAAACAGGACAAAGUUAGCCGCGCAACUGUUUUUUAACUUUUUUUUUUACUGUUUCCAAAGUUUUAAGUUUUGGGGAAAUAGUGAAAAGUGAAAACCUCAAUUUGCAAAUCUGAGAGUUUACUUUCCUCAUCGGAAAAAGUUUUGAUCUCGCCGCUCUCCGAGCACUUCCUUGUCGGAGUCCCAAUUUUUGUGUUCGGUUUUAUUCUCGGUCGAUGAUGAAGCCGCGAUUGUGUUCAGAUCGGAGCUGAUUUCGAAUUUGGAUGUGAAAUUGAGAUUCUAGGGAUUUCAAAUUUUGACGAUCAUGGCGACGAGGAAUCGUACGUUGCUGUUUAGGAAGUACAGAAACUCUCUGAGAAGCGUCAGAGCUCCAUUGUCGUCAUCUUCAUUGACGGGAACACGAUCCGGCGGCGUUGGUCCGGUGAUCGAGAUGGCGAGUACUUCGUUAUUGAAUCCGAAUCGCUCUUACGCUCCUAUUAGUACCGAAGAUCCUGGAACUUCUAGUAAAGGUGCGAUAACAGUGGGCUUACCACCAGCUUGGGUUGAUGUCUCUGAGGAGAUAUCUGUGAAUAUACAGCGUGCAAGGACUAAAAUGGCUGAGUUGGGAAAGGCUCAUGCCAAGGCGUUAAUGCCAUCGUUUGGGGAUGGUAAAGAAGAUCAACAUAAUAUUGAGUCUUUGACACAGGAGAUAACUUUUCUAUUGAAGAAGUCUGAGAAGCAACUUCAGAGGCUUUCUGCUUCAGGGCCUUCUGAAGAUUCAAAUGUUAGGAAAAAUGUGCAGCGGUCUCUUGCCACUGACCUCCAACUUCUUUCUAUGGAGCUUCGCAAAAAACAGUCAACAUAUUUGAAACGCUUGAGGCAGCAAAAAGAGGAUGGGAUGGAUUUAGAGAUGAAUCUGAGCAGAAACAGAUAUAGACCUGAAGAGGAUGACUUUGGCGAUAUGUUAAACGAGCAUCAGAUGUCAAAGAUAAAAAAGAGUGAAGAAGUAUCUGUAGAGAGGGAGAAAGAGAUACAACAGGUUGUAGAAUCAGUAAACGAUCUUGCUCAAAUUAUGAAGGAUCUUUCUGCACUUGUGAUAGAUCAGGGUACAAUAGUUGAUCGGAUAGACUAUAAUAUCGAAAACGUCGCUACUACUGUUGAAGAUGGUCUCAAACAACUACAGAAGGCAGAGCGAACGCAGAGACAUGGAGGUAUGGUGAAGUGCGCAUCCGUGCUUGUCAUCCUCUGUUUCAUCAUGCUGCUACUCUUAAUCCUCAAGGAAAUAUUCUUGUGAUCGGAUACUAUAAUCCCUGGUUAGAUCAAUAAGAAAAGUUCGAUCCUUAACUAUUUCAUUCUUUAGCCCCGAACAUCGCAUGUUUUCCUUCAGGGCUUUUGGUUUCAACUUCUUUGCAUUUAACAAUACUAAGAUCCUUUGCAGAGUAGUUAGUACGUAAUAUUAUUGUGUAGAAGAAGACCAUAGAUAGUCAGAGGUCGAUGUCUGAGGAGUUGAGAGAUCUGUGCACCAACGCCAAAAUACUCUCUUCACGCUAAAGUCAAGUGUUCUUUUAAAAUGUAUAAGAUUCCAGUCAUAGUUGUUGGAACUUGUUUUUGACAAAAUGGUUUUGACCAUUGUAACUUGUGGAUUUUCCGGUGAAGACGUUCAUUGGAGUGACCAGAUUUCGGGCAAGAUGGAAUCGUAGCUGCGAGCACUACAUGGUGGAGUAUUCAAAUGUGAAAACGAGUUUGUUUGAAAUCUUUUACUUUCCGGUUAUUGUAUCUUCGCAUAAAUUACAAAUUCUCAACAUUCUAGUUCUUUUAAAAACAUAUAUCAUUUACAAAUGUAUAAAUAUUUUUCACUUGAAACAAUGAAAACUUUAUACACGUU